CUAGCACAAACCUAAUAUCAAAUAUGCCUUUAACUACUUUUUUCAGAAGUAUACCACUACUAUAUCUACUGUUGCCAACCUUCAUGUCCAAAGCAAAGGAUGACUCUUCUUCUUCCUUCCCAUCCAUAUCCAAAUGCACCUCCAUCGGACGUGAAAAGCACACCGUGGUGGCCGACAUGGACGGAACUUUGCUUAGGGCAAGAAGCUCCUUUCCCUACUAUGCACUCAUCGCCUUCGAGGUCGGCGGCAUAUUGAGGCUUCUCUUAGUGCUCUUGGCCUCCCCAGUCGCUGGACUUUUAUAUUACUUCAUCUCCGAGUCAGCCGGAGUUCGCGUACUUACAUUUGCCACAUUCGCCGGGAUGAAAAUUUCCGAUAUCGAAUUGGUAGCGCGAGCUUGUCUGCCGAAGUUCUACUCCGGAGACUUGCACCCGGAGACUUGGAGAGUGUUCUUGUCGUGCGGGAAACGGUGCGUUUUGACAGGGAAUCCGAGGAUCAUGGUGGAGUGGUUCUUGAAGGAAUAUUUAGGAGCCGAUAUGAUUAUCGGUACAGAGCUAGUAACGUACAAAGGCAGAGCUACCGGUUUAAUUCGAAGUCCCGGUGUUCUUGUUGGGGAAAACAAAGCUGAUGAGCUUUGCAAGGCUUUCGGCGAUGCGAAAUCUGUUCCGGAUAUCGGAAUCGGUGAUCGGGAAAGUGAUUAUCCAUUCAUGAAACUCUGCAAAGAAAGCUACAUAGUUCCACCAAGUCCAAAGGUCGAGCCAGUGAGCCGAGAUAAAUUGCCAAAACCAAUUAUUUUCCAUGAUGGUAGACUAGUCCAAAAACCAACUCCAUUGAUCGCUUUACUCGUUGUUCUUUGGAUUCCAGUUGGAUUCCUCUUGGCAUGCAUUCGAAUCGCCGCCGGUUCACUCCUCCCGAUGCCGCUUGUAUACUACGCUUUUUGGGCUUUGGGCGUCAGAGUUUAUAUCAAAGGCAAGCCACCUCCACCGGCCCAGAAAUCGAUUGGCCAAAGUGGGGUUCUGUUCAUUUGCGGCCAUCGAACACUACUAGACCCAAUCUUUCUCUCGGCGGCUCUGGGGCGUCCAAUACCCGCAGUUUCAUACUCCAUUUCUCGACUCACCGAACUCAUCUCACCCAUCAAGACCGUCCGUCUUAGCCGAGACAGAGCCACGGACUCGCCGAAGAUAAAGAAGCUUCUAGAACAUGGUGACCUAGCUUUAUGCCCUGAAGGGACAACUUGCCGAGAGCCGUUUCUGUUAAGAUUCUCGCAGCUGUUUGCGGAACUGACCGACGAGCUCGUCCCGGUGGCUAUGUCUACUCGGAUGAACAUGUUCCAUGGAACAUCGGCUAAUGGUUGGAAAGGAUUGGACCCGUUUUUCUUCUUCAUGAACCCUAGUCCUGUAUACGAAGUCACAUUUUUGAAUAAGUUGCCGUACGAGUUGACUUGUGGGGCAGGGAAACCGAGCGAUGAGGUGGCGAAUUAUAUACAGAGGAUUAUAGCCGCGAGUUUGUCUUACGAGUGCACUAAUUUGACUAGGAAGGACAAAUAUCGAGCGCUGGCUUGGACCGAAGGAACAGAGGCUAAGGAUAAGAAAAACUAGGAUUGUCCCAUAUAUAUCCUAUGACAUGUGCUGAAAUGAUGAUUCUAAGGCUGACAAAAGGACAAGAUAUAUUGAACAAACGAGAAAACAAUGACAAAGGA